UCGUCAGUCCGUUAGUUAGUUAACUCAUGUCAGGGGAGGCAGUUAUGAGGACCUCAAGCGAAAUUGACUUGAUGUGACAAAAGGAUCAGGCAGUGUAAACAGCUAGUGCUGGGAGCCACAACUCGGAGCCUGGACACACAGCAGGCCAGAGGCGGAGAUAAAAAAGCUAGGCGAAAACAGGGUCCGGUCAGUCCGUCGGCUGGCUCGUGAGCACUGGUUGGACGCAACAGCUCACCUCAUUCCCCAGGGGAAAAAAACAAAUCACCCCAUCUCUAUCUCUCUCCGCGCAAAAGCUCCAGUCAUGUCGUCCCCUUCUCUCCCACUGACCUCCCUGCCCCCGAGCCCUCUGGCCAUGGAGUACCUGAACGACUUCGACCUGCUCAAAUUCGAGGUGAAGCCGGACACUCCGCCGCCACCGCCCACGUCCACGAUGCAGCAACAGCAGCAACAGCAGCAGCAGCAGCAGCAGCAGCAGCAGCCGCCAUGCCCUUACCCCAAGCCCGGCCUCCACCAGGACCCCUCCAGCUCCCCCUACAGCGGACGCCCGCCCCAGGACCCAAGCAGCCUGAGCUCCAGCCCUUACACGUCGCUCCCGCCUUCCCCGACGCUGAGCGACGGACACCCUCCCCCGUCCGCCUCCUCGUCCUCUUCCUCCUCCUCUUCCUCCAUCUCCUUCCCGCUGUCCGUCUCCACCGGCUACGUGUCGGGCCUCAGCUCGGCCUCCCAGGGCAACCCGGACGGCAGCCCUGCCCCAGGUGGGCAGGCUCAGUGCCCCAACCCCGCCUCGCUGGAGGACCUCAUCUGGCUGGCGGCCCUGCAGCAGCAGUUUGGGGGCGAAGCCGGGGGCGCUGCCUCGCUACUGGGGGCCCUCGGAGGGGGGCCCGAGAGGGGGGACAGGGACCGCUCGGCCGUAGGGGGGUUCCUGGGCUGCGAGGACGCAGUAGAGGCCCUGCUCAACUCGGCCGCAGUGGCCGUAGGAUCCCAGUUUCCUGUGCUCUCCCAGAGUUCCAGCAGCAGUAACCUUGGCGACUCCGGCAGCGACAGCGGAGGUGACGUCUCCUGUGCCAAGGCCUCAGACAUGUGCCACCGCCCGCUCCUCUUUGUCUCCAACCCUCCCUCCCUGCCCAAUGCCGCCCAGCCUGCCGCCCCCUACCCACAAGCCCCCAGCCCUCAGGGUCGGCUCCAGCACCAUCAGCACCAUCACCACCACCAUCACCCGCACCACCCCAUGCAUGGCCAUCAUCAUCCCCAUCAUCAACAUCACCUUCAACUUAGCCAGUGUGGACUGGACGCGGUGGAGCGAUUCUCGGAUGAGCAGCUGGUGAGUCUAUCGGUACGGGAGCUGAACCGCCACCUGCGCGGCGUGAGCAAGGACGAGGUGGUGCGACUGAAGCAGAAGCGGCGCACGUUGAAGAACCGCGGCUACGCCCAGUCCUGCCGCUACAAGCGCCUGCAGCAUCGCCACGCCCUCGAGUCGGAGAAGCACAUCCUCACCCAACAGCUGGAGCAGCUUCAGUGUGAGCUUUCGCGAGUACUGCGGGAGCGAGACGCCUACAAGGCUCGUUACGAGAAGCUCAUCAGCUCCAACGAGGCGCUGUCGGCGCACGCCAACAACCCACCGCCUUCCCCUCCUCCGGACUACUUCCUGUGAUGACACCCCGAAGGGAAGGAGAGGCCAUUAGCCAGUGGGCAGUGGGCAGGAGAGAAUAGCCAAAAACAAACAGCCAAAAACUGAGCAAAGAGGCACAGACAUGCAGGUGGCAUGAAGUGGAUGAGAACAUGAAGACCUGCAAAAUGGCGGCCAGUGGAGGCUUCAAAAGACUGCAAAAAAUCAGGUAGAAUCGGACCAUGACACUUGAAGUCAGAGGACACAGAGACAAUGUUUCUCCAACUGAACAGAUGCAUCUGAUGGUAGAGGAUCACACCUUGCCACCGAGAGUGAUAGAAAGAGGGAGCAUCUCGUGCAGUGUGAUCUUCAUGCAUCUUACUUGACUUGCUGGUGAUGCUACAUGGGGACAGGCUUAGAUACUGUAGGUCUUCAUGUUCAUCAAGCUGCAUGGCGCCAUGACCCAAAUAAGCAUCCCAUUUCAAGCCUCUGCAGAAGGGACUUCCAGCUGAGUAUCAAAUCAAGCGAACAUGACGCUUCACUGACAUCUCUCUCUAUUUUGAGGUACCAAAAAAACUCUGCUCCCGCUGCUUCGAGAAAGUUCACAAAUCAAGAAGAGUGAGAUCCUUGGCGUCUUAGUUGGGGACGACUCUUCACUUGAAUAUAGUUACUGAACUGGUACUUCCGUAUAUCUUGGCCUGGUGAUUUUACAAUCUUUCCACUUGUACUGGCUCUCCUCCUGGGUCAAACUGGUCCACGUUGGGGGGGUGAAGAAGAGAGAGCUUAGUGAGGACGCCUCAGUCACAGGGCAGAGGAGGGAUGGGAUUUUUUGUGAGUGUCCGUGCAGUGCAAGUGCACCUGUAUCUCAGUUGCCUCCUGGCGAAGAUAAAAAAAAAAUGCUGCUUUGCUUACCAAGGGCUGAGUCCCUCUCUUUACAAAAUUAAGAUGAGCAAUCUUAGAAUAAGAAUGUAUAACACAUUUAUAUGAGCGCUUUUUUAUUGUUAUGUGAAAAAAAAUAAGCUGAGAAAACAUACUACUGAUGAUAGUAUGAAAGUAUGUAUUAUGACAGUGAUAGAACAAUAGGUUUCUCUGCUUGUUGGAAAACUGAGCAAGGUAGCAAUUUAAUGUCAGUUUUUUGUGAUUAACAGAGGAUUUUAUUACCAAGGUGAAAUCCUGAAAGUGGGCAAGUGCUUCUGCUACACCUGUUUUUAAGUGCAGCAAUUAUCAGGCCUUGAAAGGUUUGUGAGCACAAAAGCUUAAUGUUAAGCUUUGUGAAGUGUGAAGCUUCUAUGCUGAUCAAAUAAGAAAAACUACAAAGCAAUACCUGCAGCUGUAACAAAACGCAUCAACCCAAUGAGUGUUGUGACAAAAAAACGGGUCUAUGUAAGUGUACAAUGACAGAGUGUAUUAUGCAAUUUUUUUGAGUGAUUGUGUCUCCUUAGUGAAUCAAUAAUGGAUGAAAAUAAGGCUUAUGAGAAGUGAAACUUGUGAGAGAGACUAACAACCAAGCACCUCCAAUUCACAGAGCUGGUCACUGUGGAGCUUUCUUCCUUUCUUUCUUUCUUUUUUUUUCUAAAAAAUAAAAAUGGACUGGGUGAAGUAUCGGAACACACAUUAGCACGAUCUCUCUUUGCAAUGGCUUCCUUUCCAUGUGACCACUUCCGCAUUACCCAUUUAGAUCAACUUUAGAGUUUUAUCUUUUCUUUUCUUUUUGGGGAGCUAUAGGGAUAUCAUUCGCCAAUGAUGGCAUCCCUAAUAGUGUUUCUCAGUCCUGCUUCUGGGGACCACUAUUUACACCACCUGUAUCUCUCCUCUUCUCAUCGCCACGAGCCCCUGGAGAGGCACAGUGUCUGACUGAUCACAAACAGAAAAAAGACUGACGACAUUCAAUUCCGCAUGCACGACGGGUCUCCACAGGCAGGACUGGGAAGCUCUUCCCCCGCACCCAUAAAUGUGUCAUAAACACUAUACAUUGUACACACAUGCCUCCACAGUUCAUGUCCGUUCACAAUAGCUGCCUUAACCUUGUUUUCAUUUUAGAGUGAGCCCACUAGCGAAAUAAGGGUAAACUGGUGAGACAAACAAUUUACAGUUAUACUAUGUACAUGUUUAUGACACAUUUAUAAUGGUUUUGUGACAGAGCUUAUGUUUUUAUUUUCUUUUAUUUCUUGGAUAGGCAU